AUGCACACUACCGUAUGCCUGUACUUGGCCAUGUGGAUCGUCGUCACUCUCUUCUCCCGAGGAGUCGACGUUGCGGUGGCAAAUGCGUACUCGCCUAUCACAGUGAUGGGUUCGUACGCCGUUCUUUGUGUGCUCCACGUGCAUGCUGUGAUGGCGACCCUCUUCCCAAAGACUAUUCCUUCGAUGCCCAUGCCGUCGAAGGACCGACUGUCCACGUUGUCUUCGGGCAUGCUGCUCAAGGUCAAGGUCACACCGCACCAACACGGACCUCGUGCCCCGACCACGCCGUCGAUCUUGAUGACGGAUGAAAUCCAAGACUGUAUCAUCAUUGCUUUCAACCUGUUUGAGGUUGGUUGCCAGAGCCACCAAGCGUUCGCCAUGUUCCAAACGUUGGUCGAGCCGGUCAAAGUCAUCUCGUACGGUCUCGUGGUGACUAAAUCAACGUUGCUCAACCUAGCGGACACAAUUGUGAGCUUCACCUUGUCAACUGGCCACCCCUUAUUCUCCCUCAUCAUUACCGUCUUUCACUACUUGGUGCUGGAGCCCACAUUAGCACAAGACAACCUCUGGGCUACGCGAUCGACCCUUCUUACACGGCUCCUUGUGCCAUCAUCCGCCUUUGACAUGCUUUGCAAGCUCGAUGCUCAAAACGACAACUCUUCGUCCUCCUGGUGCGCGUAG